AUGGCAUGGACCACCUUAGCUACGGCAGGUGCCAUUACCCUUGGGUCCAUUUGGGGCACACUUGCGCGUCUGGGUCUGGUGGCUCUAAAUACGUAUGAUGGACAGAGCAUUGCCCCGCUCGUAUGGGCCCAAGCCGUGGGAUGCCUCGUUUUUGGGUACGCGUCACACAAGCGCUCCAAGGCGGCCAUUGAGGGUUGGUAUGCCCCGGCCUUUCCGAUGAUUACGGUCGGAUUCGCGGGAAGCUGUACAUCUUUUUCAACGUGGGCACUAGACGUGUUCCAGGCAUUUUCGAAUGGUGAACACCAUGAUCGUAUCGGGCUGUACAGCGUCAUGGAUGCAUUGGCACAGACGGCCACCACGGUGGGCAUGGGCCUCGCUGGCGUCUGGGCGGGACGCGCCUUGGCAGACGCAUACCCACUUUCUGCCAUUCCUACGAUACGUAUGCAUACCACAGCGGGACAUGUAACGGUAGUCCUGUUGGGCGCCCUCUUCUGGAUCGGAUCUGCCCUGCUCUGUGGCCUGCAUGCUCCUUUCCGGCACGUCACUUUUGCACUCGUGCUUUGUCCGCCAGGUGCUCUCGCUCGAUGGCAAUUAUCGCUUCUUAACCCGCCACGAAGCGCUGACGACCGCGUUCAUGUGCGCCAGUGGACAAGGUGGCCGCUAGGUACGUUUCUGGCCAACAUACUAGCAACGCUCGUCUUAUGUGGCGUAGUCACAGGCAAGCUAUCCCGUACGUUCUCGUCCAAAACGUCAUGCGAUGCUCUACAAGGACUUCAGGACGGCUUUGCAGGCUGUCUGAGCACAGUGAGCACGCUGAUAGCUGAACUUCUUGUGCUUCGUCCGAUGCGCACUUCGUUCGCUUACCUGUUUACUUCAUGGGCUCUCGCUGUCAUAAGCUGCGUGCUGCUCGUCGGGGUACCCAGAUGGACCUUAGACAUAAACGACACUUGUCAGUGGCAGGUCCUUUCAUAG